CCAGGCAAGUUCCACACACAGCCACAGGAAAAGUCAGGAAAACACAUCUGUCCGCGCAUGUCGGUGUUUGCAGUGGUCCGCAUGUGUUUGUGAAGCUGUUCCGGUGCGCCUUUUUACGCAGCGGCUCUCUGGAGGUCCUUAGCGCCACUCGGCCGCUGUGGAGGGCGGUGUUGGAGCUGGAAUGCCGGGACGUUCAGCUGCGAUGGAGAGCAUGUAGCUACCGACUGGAUCUGGGAUUUAUUGUUGUUUUAUUUCUUGGAUUUCCUCCUGUAUAUAAACACACUUUCUUCUCGUCGACAUUGUUUGUUUUUUUUUUCGGCUGGUUUUGGAGUAAAUCCAUACUUGGAGAAUGCCGGGGAAAACCAAAUACAACCUCGUUGAUGAUGGACAUGAUUUAAGGAUCCCGUUGCACAACGAGGAAGCAUUCCAGCAUGGGAUCAACUUCGAGGCAAAGUACAUCGGGAGUCUGGAUGUGACCAGACCGAGCAGCCGAGUGGAAAUAGUGGCUGCGAUGAGAAGAAUACGGUAUGAGUUCAAGGUGAAAAACAUCAAGAAGAAGAAAGUCCACAUUGUGGUUUCUGUAGACGGAGUCAAGGUUACUCUGAGGAAAAAGAAAAAAAAGAAGGAGUGGACAUGGGAUGAGAGCAAGAUGAUGGUGAUGCAGGAUCCCAUUUACAGGAUAUUCUACGUUUCACAUGAUUCCCAGGAUCUGAAGAUCUUCAGCUACAUUGCCAGAGAUGGACAGAGCAAUGUUUUCCGCUGCAACGUCUUCAAAUCUAAGAAGAAGAGUCAGGCCAUGAGGAUUGUCCGGACGGUCGGCCAGGCGUUCGAGGUUUGUCAUAAACUGAGCUUGCAGCACACGCAGCAGAGCGCGGAUGGACAAGAGGACUGUCACAGCGAAAAGAACGACUCAUCCGUCACAGGCGUGCGUGCUUAUCCACCUGUAUGUGUGUGUACUUUCCUCGGCUCAGCUCGGGAGCUAACAGGUGAAGAGAAGACCCCGACCGUCACAGAGGAGACGGACAUCGACGCCGAGGAGGCCAAUCAGCUGCCGGCAGCCGAGGAGUUAAACGUCAGCCGGGGAGUGACCGAUCUAGACGCCACAGCCAAGACGUCUGACCUAAACCACUCAGACAACAAGGUAUCAGAGGAGGUGUCCCUGUUGAUGUCCAGCCCCAGAAUGCUGCUCCCUGCGUCGGGCACACUGCCACCAGGUGCCCCCCUGUCCAUCCACCACCAGAUCCAACUGCUCCAGCAGCAGCUUCAGCAGCAGCAGCAGCAGACACAAGUGGCUGUAGCACAGGUCCAUUUGUUGAAGGACCAGCUGAGCGCAGAGGCCACAGCUCGGCUCGAAGCCCAGGCUCGAGUCCACCAGCUGCUGCUGCAGAACAAAGACCUGCUCCAGCACAUCUCCCUGCUGGUUAAACAGAUCCAGGAGCUGGAGACCAAAAUGUCUGGACCAAACUCCAUGGGAUCUCAGGACAGCCUGUUGGAGAUCACCUUCCGGUCCACCGUGCCCCCAGUGAUCUGCGACGCCACAACCCCUAAACCUGAGGUGAACAUGCCCCCGCUAAGCACCACAGAUGGGACCAGCAACGCCUUCUCAUCCUCCAACGGGACUCUGGGAAGCCCCCUAGUUGAUCAAAGUAUGUUUGAGAACUCCAUCGCUCAGCAGCAGAGUCCACAGACCUCCAGGCCAGGCCAGGCUUCAGCCCGACGCUCCCCAGCAUCAGCUAACCCCAACCUGGGUGCCGGCUCCAUCGACUCUCCAUCCUCUGGAGGUCAGCAGAGGUUGAAAAAUGCCAUUAAUCUGGGCAAGGCUGUCGGGGCCAAGGUGAAUGAUCUGUUAAGAAGAAAAGAGCCCAGUCACAUUGGAGAUAUUGGGGUCACUGAGGUCAACAAAAAUGUUGGUGCAGUGUGGAGCUGCAUGGAUCACAACCAGACUGCCAGCAGCCACAUCUCCUCCUUUGACUCCUUCCCUCGACUGGACCCUCCACCUCCUUCAGGGAAGAAGCGCCUCCCUCGGGCUCUGAAGACCACUCAAGACAUGAUGAUCUCCUCCGACCCUGUGGUCUCCUCUCCUGACGCCGCCGACUCGGCCUCCUUCCUCUCCUCCCCUGAUAAGACGCCUCUUAUCAACAAAGAGGAGCAUGAGGAAAGUGAAAAGGAGAAAGAGGAGGAGGAGGAGGGGGAGGAAGGGAAGAAGAGUAACACCAGGCCAACAGAGGUCAGCUCAGACAAGAACCUUCCAGCUGAUUCUGAGUCCACGGGAAGCAACGGGAAGCUGCAUGGAGGGGAAGGGGAUGAUGUGGAGGAUGCGCCCCAGCUCCAGCUCUCUGUCCCAGACCUCAUCAACAAAGAUCCGCCGCUGAUGGAGCCCAAAUCCAAAUCCUGCGACGUUUGGCAGAAGGCCCCGGGUCGAGACUCCCGGCUCGCCUCCACCCCGUGUUCUGGUAAAACCCCCUGCCGCAUCAGCCUGGGCGAGGAGGUCCUGAUGGGGAAUGGCGCCCCCUGCAGCAAAGGCUCGGCAGUGAACGCAGACGACUCAGAGCCGCACCCAGACCUGCUGUCGUUCGAGUAACGCCUCAAAAAGUCGUAACUUUUUCUCUUAAUUCUCUCUCAAGAGACUUCGACUUCCCUUCAGUGUAAUUGAAAUAGACUAUAAAGGUACUGAGGAUCAAAUAUUCACUGCCAUCUUUAAAUAUUUCACCUGCGUCAGUUCUCACUUAAGAAAAAAAAAGGGAAAAAGUCCUUUCUACGACUCUGGCAAGAACCUAAUGUGUUGCUUUUUGGCUUUUUAUAAAAGUUUGGAUGAAUUUUAGGAUCAUGUAUAUAAAAUCUGGCCCUCCAGGUCAGUGAACACAACCAGAAUCCUCUUAAAAAUAGAAAAAAAAUAAAAAAUAAAAAUUAUAUAAUGAAAAAGAAAGAAAUUAUGAUUGAAUUGAGGGUUGGUUUUAGUUUAUAUUUUAACUUUUUAUCUAAAAAUCAGUGUAUUUUUCAAGUUUUAGCUUCUACGACAGGUUUAUAACAUAUCAUAUCUGCUUUUGAUAAUGUAAUAACUAGCACAUAAUCCAAGGGUGAAUGUAAGUUUUGUCAUGAAAUAUCCCUUUAAAUGGGCUAAAGAUGUAAAAUCUUUACAUUGUUGCUCUUUAUCUUCCAUUUGACUUUUAAAAUCUCUUUUAGAUUUUAGUAUUAAAUUAUUGUGACGGGUAUAAUCACAAAGCCUGUACAUUUGUUAUCCAUUAAAAGGGAUAUUUUAUUUCAUGAUAUUUCAUAGUAUAAGUUUAUUUGCAAAAGCUGCUAAAAUGAAGCAAAAUUAAAAACUGCAGUUAAUAUGACAGCAUCGUUUAUGCUUGAGUAUGUUGAGAAUACUUUACUUUAGCUUUGUGUACAUUUCUGGAGAACUGACAGUGGAUUCAGUGGAUUUAGGAGGAGGAGGAAUCGAGUGGGAGAGGUUGAAUGAAUGUGGACGUGCAGAAAGUGGAAAGGUCACGGGGAGGUUUACUUUCAGUUCAGUUGGAAUCAAAUCAUUUAUUUACUCCCACUGCAGACGGCAGAGUAUCAUCACGACUGAAAGACUUUUGACCCCAAGCUUGAAAUUAUUUAUGAUGCCUUUUGGUUAAGAAGGAGUUGCAGCAACUCACAUUCUGUCUGUAAUCUCUGUGGCCUGAAAGUAACCUUUGGAAGCUGGAAAUAUUGGUGUGAUUCAGAUUCAAAAUUAUUUUUUUUGAAGUAGCUGUAGCUAAGUAGUUUUGUGGGUGUUUAUUUUCAAUAUUUUGUAAAAAAAAAAAAAAAAAAAAAAAAAGUUAGUUUUAAACUGUAA